AACGAGAGGCGACGCGCCGGCCCUCGCCCUUCUGCUCGGGGGGGCCGCAGCCGGCGGCACGGUGAGUUUGUAAAUCCUUGUGAAAGGCAUGUAGGAAGUUUAUGGUCAGCAGACUUCAGUUCUUCAGUUGAGUUCAGUGCACAAACUUUAAAUCUCCAGUGGCAAAAUGUUAGUUUGACCUUUUUUGACUUGCAAAUUCGAAAGGAAAAACCACCCUCAGACAGUGUUGCUGCAGAGGAUGGUUUCCAUACUUGCUGUGAUUCUUCGGAUUUGUUCUUUUCUUGAAAUGGUAGGACUAGGAAACAGCUGUCGUGGGAUGAAGUCUCCACCUCUCCUCAUGGCUGCGCUCGUGGCGUGCAUAAUUGUUUUGGGUUUCAAUUACUGGGCUGCAAGUUCUCGCAGCAUGGAUCUGCAGGGUCGAGUCAUGGAUCUGGAAGGCAAAGUCCGCAGGGCGGCAGCGGAGAGGGGUGCUGUGGAACAAAAAAAGAAUGAAUUCCAAGGGGAGCUAGAGAAGCAGCGACAGCAGAUUGACAAAAUCCAGUCCUUGCACAGCUUUCAGAUGGAAAAUGCCAACAGAGUACAUCAGGAAGAGAAGGCGAUGCUGAUGAGUAACAUUACAGUAAAUGAUAGAUUGAUUCAGAGUCUACGAGAACACUUGAAAGAGUUACAGACGGAGUAUGGAAAGCUACAGCAGGAUGUUUAUUGGUUUCAGAAGAACCAGACUAACCUUCAAAGGAAGUUCUCAUAUGACCUCUCACAGUGCAUUAACCAGAUGAAAGAAUUAAAAGAACAAUGUGAAGAAAGGAUAGAUGAGCUUAGAAAAAAGAGUAGCGAUGUACCACAAAUCAAAGAAAACAAAGACGUCACAGAAGAUAGCCAGGUUGAUACUCAACUGCCAGCCUUGAAGCAAACAGGGUUCAAGCAGGCUGACUUGGAACAGCAGAAAACAAAUGAAGAUGUUCCUAAAGCAGUACCUACAGUAAAAAAGACAGACCUGAUGCAGGCUAAAGAAAGAACAGACAGCCUAACUGACAUGAGAAAACAGAAGCCUAAGGCAGAAGAGGAGCAGCUUUCUAGUCACUUGGAAAAACCUCAAGAGUCGCUCAAGGCUGCUGCAGGCCACAAGGAGAUGCUGCCUAUGUCAGAGAAGGACCCAAAUCCACCUGAGGAUGAGAAAAAUGUAGCUGGGCAAGAUAUGUCAGAGCCAGCAGCACAGCAGGCUGCCAGUGAGGAAGUUGAGAGGGAACAGUUCCUAAAUUACGAUGAUAAGCAGGAUGACUUGCUCCCUGGAAAGGCUGACAAACAGGAGCAUGAAGCAGUGAACCAGGACAAGGAUGUCGAUUACAAUUUAGAUGUGAACGAAGCUGAAUCAGAAACUGACAAGCAAGCAGCACUUGCUGGGAGUGAAAAUGUUCAAAACCAUGAAGAUACAAAGAACCGCUUACCUGACGAUGGUGAAGGACGACAGAAGUUGUGAACAAAGGAAGUUCAUGAUACAACUGAAUCACCUCUUCCUCCAAAUGCAGCAAUGAUCCAAGUAAAGUGAUCUUAGAAGGUUUUGAUUGUCUUCUAAAGGCUUGACUAAGGGCCCAAACGAAGUAGUAUUUUCUUGUGAAGUUUUAGUACUGUUGCAGUGAGGAAAAGAAGUAAAUCUCUGGAGGCUUGUUUCAAAGCAGUUGGCCUCUGCAAUGACUUUCUCCUUCCUAUCAAUUAUAAAAUUGCAAUCAGGUAGCAAUAAAGUUAGUAGCUUUGAAGUUGGCUACCUUGUACAGUCAUACUUCAGUAAGCCUAUGUGUGGAUUGGUGGCAGAUGAUGAGCAGUCCUCUGACAAGGAUGGAUCUCUCUGCUGGGCAAUGCACAGUAGAGAAAUCCCCAGCUUAGUUUUAAGAAUUUAAGGGGCUGUGUUAUUGUAACAAAACAUGGGAAGGAUGAAAACUAGUCCAUGCUGCAGUCUACCCUUGUGCCUGUUCUGGCACUUUUUUACUGCAACACAGACUGAGAAAGCACAAUUGCAGUCUUCAGAUACUAUGCAGAAUGAUACAUGUACCUGGGCCUCUAAAUUAAAUUCCUACAAUACACUGUUGAGAUGUGUUCUUAGCUUCAAAGUUAAAAAAAAAAAAAACAACCAAAAAGGAUUCUGACAAUAGAAGCUUCUUGCUAAGAGACUAGCCAGGAAGAUUUUUCUGAAAGCUUUGUUGGAUUCCACAAGGUCAGUACUACAGUUUGGCUUGGUUACCACUACUGGGCACAAGUGUAGUGUAAAAAUUCGAACUCAUAAACUUUUCAGGACAGAAGCCCUCUGAAAUGGUGUGCUGCAACUACCCUUUACUCCACCCAGACACUGUCUUUUGUGAAAACAGAAGAAUGCAAAUGCUUGCUUUGUACAACAGCGAUCUCAGCUGUUCAGUGUGACUAAUCUUCUCUUCUGGACUUAAGGAGGUAACCAGAUUAUGCAUUUAGAAGACAAGGCAGUGUCUACCACAGGUGAAGUUUUAGUUGUUGUGAAGUUGUACAUUAAUCACAAUGUAUCAUCUUGUUAAUGUUCUGCAGUUUUUUCUGUAACUUGUUAAAUGUAAACUAAAAACUAUUUUACUUGCUGUGAGCUACAAAAUGCCCUCUACUUACCACAAAGGCACCCUUAACUGCAGUCCAACCACCAUGUAUAACCAGCUGGUUUGAAGAAAUUUUAAUAUUUGUGUCUGCUCCCAAGACUGACCCCUGUGUUUGGAACAUUGUGAGUGUGAACCAGCCUCUGUCGAGACAGCACAGCAGCCAGACAGCUGUGACUAACUUGCCAACCAGCAUUCCAUUUAAGAAAUUUUGCUUUGCUUUCCGUUAAAGCACUUCACAUUGUAACUCCUUUUGUGCUGUGUCACUCUUCAGUGUACUAGUUUAUAGCUCCUGUACCUUAAGAUGAAGCUCGUUCUUUUGGGUAUGAAAAGAGAAUUAGUUGUCAUCAAAUGAAGGUUAGAGUUUAAGUCAAAAGAUACUUGUUAAGCCUAAACACAGAAACAGUUCAUUAACAGUUUUUCACCAUUUAAGUAAGACCUAACUGGUCUAGUCUACUACAGUCAAUAUAGCAGGGAAAACAUGCUUGUAAACAGGACAGAAGAGGAAUGAGCAUCUCUUUUGGCAAGUAUUGGGAAACUCAGGUUACUGGGAUUUUUUUUUUUUUUUCUUGCAAGUAAUGACAUGUUUGAACAUCAAAGUGUUUACCCAUAAUUUGGAUAAAAAUAUUUACCCAUUUUCUGUGCAUUUUCCUAGGACUUAAUCUGUAAACAAUUAUGCAGCUGAGAUUUAAGUUGAUCAGGAAUUUAAUAUUGAUUGUUAAAAAGCAUAUAUUCUAACAGUAAAAAAUAGACAGUGAAACACUAUAUUCAAGUUGAAUGAAUAGCUUUACCAGUAUCAAGUUAAAAAUUCCAAAGAAUCAAACACUUAAGGGUAAUUAAUAUAUUGCCAGAGGAUUAUUUUAAAACUAAUUGUUUUGGCUGUGCUUCUGUACAUUUUUGGGCUUCUCCUAGCCAGCUGGAUGUUGUCCUCCAUAAAUAUGACCACCUCUGUACAAAGCACACUUGUAAACCUCUGAGGGCAAAGGGUCUGAAAACAUGCAUAAGAGCAAUGUUCAAAAUGAAGGAAUACAGUUCUAUUCACGAUGACUUCAAGUGCUUCAAUCUAAUUUGGGCAGUCGAUUUCUAGUAGGCAAGAGCCUAUAUGUCUACUGUACAGAAUUUUAGAAUUAAAAGAGAUUAAUUUGGAACUGUGGUGUACAUAGUGUUGUCUCUCACUAAAAUUUUUAGUUGUGUGAGG